GGACUCUUAUCCUCCUCCACCUCCUCCUCCUCCUCCCGCGCCUCCUCCUCCUCCUCCGCCGCCGCCUCCUCUUCCUCUCCGCGCCUUCGUUCUGCGCUCGGCCACCGGAGGCAGAUCCAGGCGGCGGUGGAGGAGGCGGGCGCAGGAGCGCGGCUCCCGGGACUGAAGGCGCCGCUAGCCCAGCCGCCUGCGCCCGAAGCCCGGCGCUCGCCGGACUCGGCGCGCGGAUCCGGAGAAAGGGAACCGCGGGGCGGGCGGACGCGCUGGCCAUGCUCCUGGACGCGGGGCCGCAAUUCCCGGCCAUCGGGGUGGGCAGCUUCGCGCGCCAUCAUCACCAUUCGGCCGCGGCGGCUGCGGCGGCGGCCGCUGAGAUGCAAGACCGUGAACUGAGCCUAGCGGCGGCGCAGAACGGCUUCGUGGACUCGGCGGCCGCGCACAUGGGCGCCUUCAAGCUCAAUCCCGGCGCGCACGAACUGUCGCCUGGCCAGAGUUCGGCAUUCACGUCGCAGGGCCCCGGCGCCUACCCUGGCUCCGCUGCUGCCGCCGCUGCUGCCGCAGCGCUCGGGCCCCACGCCGCGCACGUCGGCUCCUACUCUGGGCCGCCCUUCAACUCCACUCGGGACUUCUUGUUCCGCAGCCGCGGCUUCGGGGACUCGGCGCCUGGCGGUGGGCAGCACGGGCUGUUCGGGCCGGGCGCGGGCGGCCUGCACCACGCGCACUCGGACGCACAGGGCCACCUCCUCUUCCCCGGCCUCCCGGAACAGCAUGGGCCGCACGGUUCGCAGAAUGUGCUCAACGGGCAGAUGCGCCUCGGGCUGCCCGGCGAGGUGUUUGGGCGCUCGGAGCAAUACCGCCAAGUGGCGAGCCCGCGGACCGACCCCUACUCGGCGGCGCAGCUCCACAACCAGUACGGCCCCAUGAAUAUGAACAUGGGUAUGAACAUGGCAGCGGCCGCGGCCCACCACCACCACCAUCACCACCACCCCGGUGCCUUUUUCCGCUACAUGCGGCAGCAGUGCAUCAAGCAGGAGCUCAUCUGCAAGUGGAUCGACCCGGAGCAGCUGAGCAACCCCAAGAAGAGCUGUAACAAAACUUUCAGCACCAUGCACGAGCUGGUGACACACGUUUCGGUGGAGCACGUCGGCGGCCCGGAGCAGAGCAACCACGUCUGCUUCUGGGAGGAGUGUCCGCGCGAAGGCAAACCCUUCAAGGCCAAAUACAAACUGGUCAACCACAUCCGCGUGCACACCGGCGAGAAGCCUUUCCCCUGCCCCUUCCCGGGCUGCGGCAAGGUCUUCGCGCGCUCCGAGAACCUCAAGAUCCACAAAAGGACCCAUACAGGGGAGAAGCCUUUCCAGUGCGAGUUCGAGGGCUGUGACCGGCGCUUCGCCAACAGCAGCGACCGCAAGAAGCACAUGCAUGUGCACACCUCCGAUAAACCCUAUCUCUGCAAGAUGUGCGACAAGUCCUACACGCACCCCAGCUCGCUGCGCAAGCACAUGAAGGUCCAUGAGUCCUCCCCUCAGGGCUCGGAGUCCUCCCCGGCCGCCAGCUCGGGCUAUGAGUCCUCCACGCCCCCGGGGCUCGUGUCCCCCAGUGCCGAGCCCCAGAGCAGUUCCAACCUGUCCCCGGCGGCGGCGGCGGCUGCUGCUGCGGCGGCUGCAGCGGCGGCGGCGGCGGCGGUGUCCGCGGUGCACCGGAGCGGAGGCUCGGCCGGCGGCUCGAGCGGCGGGGCGGCCGGCAGCUCCGGCUCCGGCAGCAGCGGGGGUGGCGGCGGGGCGGGCGGCGGGGGCGGCGGCAGCUCCGGCGGGGGCAGCGGGACAGCCGGGGGCCACAGCGGCCUGUCCUCAAACUUCAAUGAAUGGUACGUGUGAGGGGCCAUGGCCCCGUCUCCUCCUCUCCCCGUCCUCCCUACCCGGGCGCACCUUUGAUCUGGUGUUCAAACUAGGAAUCGGAUUUGGAUGAGGAUGAGGGUAAUUUUACCAGCAGAAUUUUUAAAACUUUGUUUUUCUAAAAAAAAAAAGAAAAUCUAGGCAUUGAAGGAAAAAAUUCUUUCUGGAGUUUCUUAAACCGAAGAUAUAUUAAAAAAAAAAAAAAAGAAAAGAAAAAAAUUUGAAAAAAAAAAGAAAAAUAUUGAGCCACCGCCCUGCCCACUCUCCACCCCCUGCCCUCCGUCUUCCGAACGGACUGUACAUAACAGACCCCCUCCCCCGAGGCGGUUUUGUGAGGCUCCUCGGUGUCUAGAAGUUUGUCUGUGGGUAAAAACUCCCUGGGUCGCCUUUCUGCCCUGGCCUCCCCACCCCCCCUUCCCUUCCUUGCCAAGUGAUGCGCUUUCUCUUCUCACUUUUUAGUUGACCCGGGUUCUUUUUUAAGUAAAGUGGAAGCAAAUGGUUUAUUUUGUGUUGUGGUAUUGAAUAUUGUGUUCAUUUUUACGAGGCAAUUUGAUUGUAAACUUCAUGCAACUAUAGACUGGGGGGAAAAAAAAACACCAACCGAGCCGUGCCAAAGUCUCCCCGUUCCUUCAGCACACCCAUUGCUGCACCCGCCACCACCUCCACCACCAACGCUUGUGAAUGUAUUUUUUCUGUUAGCUGGGUUUACAUGUGAUGUUUUAGUGCUUUUGCAAGUUCAAUUUGUUAGUUCCUGUACGAGAGAUUGUGGAGGGAAAAAUAAACGUUGUGCCGUUAGCUUUUUCCGUCAUAACACCCUCCUUCUGUAAAUACCCAUGACCAUAUUUAUCCAUUUGUAAUUAAAUUAUGGUAUUAACUUGCUACAGAGGAAACAAUAUUUAUAAAGAAUGUUUCUUAACUAUAAAUAUGUACAAUUGUGGGCAUAAACUCAGAUUUUUUUUAUUUGAAGGUUUUAAGUGGUUUGAUCAUUUCUUGUGAUAUGUUUUGAGAGUAAUGCAUACAGAAAUAUAAUAAAAUGUGUUGAAACUGCA